AUGAAUGAAUGCGUCUCCGCAAAUGAGGUUAUUGAGAAAGGAAGCUAUGUGGUCGUUCAGAAAGUCGGCGGAGAACAUAUUCGAGUGAUGCGACUCACUCCAAAACAAAAAGUACUGAUCGAAAAACUCAAAUUUGAAGCAGAGAGUGUUUUUGGGCACCCUUAUGGGCUCUUCGAAGUGACAUCGGGAAGAGCUGUUCCCAUUUGUGCUUCUCAAAUCGUUCAAGAUGAAGGUGUUGGUGACAUUGAACUUCGAGAUGUGAAUGGAAGCGCUGAUAGCGAGGCAACGGUGCUAGAGGAGUGCAACCAGGAAAACCCAGACUUGAAUCCAGCUCAAGCACUCCAGAAACUUAGUCAAGAAGACGUUCUUAGUUUGAAAGGUCAAGGGAUCUCAGCUAGUGAACUGGUUUCUAAAUUAGUGGAAGGCAGUAAAUCGUUCAAUACUCGGACAGAGUACGCCAAGAGCAAAUACAUUCGUCGCAAAACGAAGAAACACUCUGACAGAGUGCUCAUUUUGAAGCCGACAAUCCGACUUCUUUCUCGAUCAUAUUAUAUGAAAGACUGUGUUAGGGUCGCCAAUCUCAGGAUAGAUCAAUUAGGAAUGAUUCUUCAAUUAGCGGGUAUUCAUUAUGGCAAAAAUGUGCUUUUGUUCGAUCAGGUAUUAGGACUAGUAUCAGCCGCAGUUAUAGAUCGACUAGAUGGGCAAGGUUCCUGCAUUCACCUUCACCGAGGACUUAUAGCCCAGUCUAUACCUUGCGUUCAUAGUAUGAAUUUCAGUGAAGAAAAGUUGUCGACUUUCUUGCCUGUUCGUAUAGCUUCAUUGUUGGGGACAGCCAAACAAGAUGAUGACUUGAAAGAAGAUGGAGCCGAUGAUGAACAAAUGGAAGAAGAGGAUUGUGAAGGCGCAGGGCAUGAUAGAGCAGAGGGGCCCACUGCCGCUAGAAAAGCUGACCGACUAGCUCGAGAAAAAAGAGGGUUGGCUUUGCUCGAAGAAGGAUUCGAUUCUUUGAUCAUUGCUACGCGAACAGUAGAUCCUAUUUCGGUUCUGCAAGCUGUGUUCCUGAAACUGCGGCCAUCUGGAUCGGUUGUUGUUUACGCUCCUCACAUGGAGCCGAUUAUAGAUUCCUACCGCUGGUUAAUGGAUCAUAGUUGCGUGAAUGUGCGUCUAUCUGACCAAAUGUUUCGGAUUCAUCAGGUGCUUCCUGAUCGCACUCAUCCUCUAAUGGCACAACACGUCGUAGGGGUGAACCGUCGGGAGCAUGAUACUCAACGUGCGGUGCCUAUUGAGGUUCCAUUGAAGAGUGUGUGA